AAGUAAGCAAAUCACUGUCUUUUUCCUCUCAUUUUGGCAGAGCAAGCAGACAGAGUUGGUUCCGCUGAUAUUAAAAGGCUUUUAGGGGAGUUUUGUGAUACUAUAAAGAGUUGUCUUGUCAAGAAAAAAUAUCGCCAAGCCAGAAGCGUGAUCCGAAAAGGUUAUGCCAGAGUUUCGCUUAAGACGAGCUAAGAAGGAAAAAGGAGGAGGACAGAGGAGGCGUCACACCCUUCACACUGACUCUGAGAUGAGCCAGCAGCUGGAAGAGGCAGCUAAGAUAUUCAAUGAACAGACUAAGAUUAUCCUCGGCCCAAAUGAAAUAUCUUUGGAUGAUGCUAUACAAGGGAUGAGAGUUGGAGUGAGAGAUGGUCCCAAGCCUCCUGAUGUAUUCAUAAACAGUACAAGCUCUUCAGAGCCUCCAGUAAAGGCAGUCACUAAUCGACGCAUCUCUUCAAAAUACAGCGAAUGUAUCUAUCUUCGUUAUGGUGCAGACAUGCGUAGGUGUCCGUUGCCUUCUCCUAUUACUCUCAGUACUAUAAAGCAGCUCUUCAUUAAUCUAUUCGAUUUGAGUCCUUCCGUCAAUAAAGAUCCAAAAUGGCAUUUGUUUUUACUUAAUAGAUCAAACACGUGGAAACCUCUCACCAAUGUCAGUAAUGUUUCUGAUCAAUCUACAAUACUUCUGGUCGAUUCCUCUGAUCUAGAGACUGGCCCGUUGCUAAAUUCCACUCCACCGUUAGUCCAUCGUAGCUCAACUGGUACACCGGACGCUGAUUUGUCUUCAGAUGACGAGAGAGAGGACCUAAACAUUUCACUACAGAACCCAAUUUCUAGCCUAUCCCAAGCACAUAGCAAUGUUCCAGGAGUUGAGAAUCUCUCGUCAGCUAUUUAUUUAAAUGGCCCAACCAAUGAUACACAUGUUAAUGAGACUGAUGGCCUAGCUACUACUCAAACGAGAGAUGUAGAUGUGAUCCUUCCUCCUCCUAUUAUUCCAAUUGAUGAGCCAGUAACUAUCAGUGGCCUUCAGAAAGAGAUAUCCUUCCUUAAGAGAAAGCACCAGUUGGAGAUACAAGAAUUACGUACUGAACUGACACUGGCUAGACUAUCAGCUGCUCAAGGUAGCACUGCUAAUAAUUUUUCGGUUGAGUUGAGUCAGUUUCGUAAAGACAGACUCAUCGUUGAGCCAUUGAAAGAGGACUACCUUAAAGAAUCUGAUUCUGCACUGAGUGAAAUGAGUCUAUUGCAGAGUAUAGGUGAUUCCCUUAAGUCUGAUGCUAUUCAUCACCAGUCAAGGAUUGAUACUGAUGAGGUUAACUACCUCCUCAGUCUGACAGAAGAGUCAGCAGAAAGAUUUGAAAAUCUUAAAGGUCAGUAUAAUGUAUUAGAACCAAAACUAAAAGCAGUGAUGCAAAAAGAACUUGAAGUUAUUGUUGCUGAAGAACAGAUCAUGAAGGAAGAGGCCAAGAAAUUAGCAGCUGCUACAGAAGCUUGUAAAAUUCUGAAAGAAACUUUCACUACAUUGCAACAAUUGUCAGGCCUGCAAGCUCAGAGGCCGCUACAAGUACCAGUGAUAGUGACAUCCUCAGAUCCAAAGGUUGAUCAUUCCUCACUGAUUGCUAUCAUUAAUAGUGUAAUACCAAACCAUCAAGAGAGACUGGAGGCUAUCAAAGAGACAGAAAUGAUCAUGAGGAAAAGAAAGAUGGAUCUGAGCCCGACGAAACGAGCCCUGAAGAAGUUCGAGUUGUCUCUCCGUCAACGACAGAAGGUUCUUAAUCCAACCGGUCGAGUAGUAGUACUGGAGAAAGAAAGAGAAGAGAAACUACGAAGCUUGUACAUAGCAGAGAAGCAGGAGAGACAAAGAGAGAUAGAGAGGGACUUGGAGAUUGCUCAGAAAGCUUUGAAGGAGAAGAGAAAGAAAGAGAUAGCAGAGAUUGAGCAGAGGCUAGGCAUCGACUUCAAAAUAAGUCACAAGAAUGAAGAGAGAGAGGGAGGGAAUCGAAGAACCAGCAUUGAAGUCGAUCAAGAAAAGAGACUAGAAGAAGAAAAGAAGAGAAUAGAAGAAGAGAGGAAGCGUUUGAGUAACAUUGAGCUCCAGAGACUAAGGGAAGAGAAGAAACGCUUGGAAAACGAGAAGAGAAGCCAAGAAGAGGAAAGAGAGAGAUUGGACCAACUGAGAAGAGAGCAAGAGGAACAGCAAAGGAGACUGAGAGAAGAACAAAGGAGACAAGAGGACGAGCAGCGUAGGAUAGAGCUACAGCGUUUCCAACAAGAGCAAGAGAGAAGACAAAUAGAAGAGGACAAGCGACACUGGAAGGACUAUCAGGGACGCUUAGGGAGUGAGAGCCCAGAGACAAGAAAUAAACGAAAAGAAAUGCUAUGGCAGCAUGUGCAGAGACAAAUCCAACUUGAAGAGGAGAAAGAGAAAAGUGACUUGGUAAUGAAACGCAAAGCUCACACACUCAAAAAUAACUACUCGUCACAGCCCGAGUCUUCCUACAAUAAUCACAGUCACAGCCAUAGUCUGGGUCAUUUCAAUGAGGUUGAUAAUAUCGAGACACUGCCUUUAGCAAUACCACCUGUGAGCCUCACCUCUCGCUCUCACAAAGACCUCAGACACAACAGGACUGAUGACGAGCCUGGAUCCGGUGAGCUAAUGCGGAAACACAUGAGUGGGAGUGGAGGCACUCAACAACCUAAUGGCCUCAUACAGAGAGGAGGAGCUUUAGGAGGAUUGGUUCAUGAUGACUUAAUGCCGAAAUUCUCGUCCGAAGACAGCCUCAUUAAACAGAAUUUAUAUGACUCGCCUUGGACGAGUAAGAAGCUGUUCCUACAGUCUCAAGGAGGAGGUGUGUCUAACAGACGCGGGUCUGCAAGUCAAGUUCAUCACAAAAGGAAUAAGUCUGAUUUUAACGAGACUCCACCAAUCGCCCCAAAGCAGAGUCAGAGGGAUGACCGCUCCUCUCCUAUUCUUAUCCACCCGUUGAGGACUACCAUUGGGAAAAGUAAAUCUAACGACUUUGGCUGCUCUCCGUCAAUUCAAAGAAGCAGCAAUAGCAAGUCAGACCACGACUUGCAAGAAACAAGCAAACUAACUAAUCAUCACUCACCGCCCCCUCUCCCUCCUCCUCCAGUUUCCUAUGCCAGCCCUACUAACCCUCAGCUACCAUCAUUCACUGCUGUUGCUCCUCCUCCUUAUUCUCAAGUAGCUAUUCCACCUCCAUCUAUUGCUACUGCUGGUAGCUUCGAUUAUAAAAAAGGAGGUCUUUUGUCUGAGAGGAUGACGCAUUAUCCAAUGAUGCCUAGCGGACAGCAGCAGGACUCCAUGCUGAGUAAAUUCAAGCCAUCAAUAUCUCUAGUAUAACCCGUAAUGAUUAUUAAUUCUCAAUACUUUAUUUUAAUGAUGUGUCUUUCAGUUUCAGUUUCAGUUAUUAC